CGAGGGAUCACUUCCGGUGCGGCGGCGCAGCGUUACCGGAGAAUCUGGUUCUGGAGAACAGUGAAUCUCAAGAGACGCCUGGCAUUGGUGCCUUGGACCAUGGCCUCCGACCUAGACUUCUCGCCUCCCGAGGUGCCUGAGCCCACCUUCCUGGAGAACCUGCUGCGGUACGGGCUCUUCCUGGGAGCCAUCUUUCAGCUCAUCUGUGUCCUGGCCAUCAUCGUACCCAUUCCCAAGUCCCAUGAGACGGAGACAGAGCAGUCUGAGCCCAGAAGUACAGAGGUGUCCAAGAAGCCCAAGGCUGCCAUCCCUUCCACCAACAAGAGGCCAAAGAAGGAGACGAAGAAGAAGCGGUAGACUCAGAGGCCCAAAGAGCCCAAGGCUUUAGCCUUGGGGACAGCCCUCCUGGGAACCAGCAUCCUGUUUGCUCCCACAGACUGUCUCUGUCCUUGGCUCAGGGUCUGAGAUGAUUGGAACUCCCUCUGACUACAGAGGUCUGAGCAAUCCCUAGGCUCCAUCUGCAGACCACCACUUCCUCUUCCUUCUCUCUCUGGUACACAAGAGAUUCCCCGAGAGCAAAUACUGCCCCAGGGUUCCAAAGUCAGGUCAGGCUCAGAGAGCAAAGUAUUCACUUUAGUCCUGAGUCCAGUGGUCUUGAGAACUGAGCCUCACCACAGGGUGCAGUUGCCUAAGGCUGCAGGCACACCCUCUUCCAUGGCUUGGGCCACAUUUGUCACUUUUGUGCACACAGAACCUCACAUGUGUUCAGGCGGGGAUGCACAGCCAUGCAGUGUGAGCCAGCCCACUCACUGCAGCAGCCAGGUCCUGAAGAUGUUGGGUUGGGGGGCACAGUAGAAGGCCCGGGUCCAGUGAUGCCUGCCGAGGAAGGUGCAGCUGAAUGAGGCCAGGAUUCCUGGGCACAGACUUUGCAAGCCUUUGAAGCAGGCUUGUCACUUUGACACCAACCUCUUUCUUAACCCAUUUAACAUUCAAAGUGCCUUUGACUUCAGCCUGUCCUCCCCACAUCUUUCAUUCCCUGACCAGUUAAGGACAGUUAUAUGGAGAAGUCAAAGCAAAUAAAGCUCCCGCAUGCUGA